GACGUAGUCACGUGACAUCAAAAUUCAAAAUAUGGUGCUGCAAUGUUUCCGGAGUCGAGUUUGAUAGCCGGUGUUAGAUUAUUUUUAGGACAGGUGUUUUAAAGAGCCUGUAUCUAAUGGUGAGAAGUAUGUAUUUGUCUAGCAUAGAAACUUUUUAUCAGUCAUGAAAGACGUAAAUUAUUUUUUUCUCGUUUCCACUGUGACUACAGUCAGCGUCCUGCAAAUGCGUCUUAAAUGUCUCCUGUGGUCCUUUUUGUAACAAUAAUGGUUAUCAAUUUUACCUUGGAAAAAACUUUAGUAUUAUUGAGCACGCCGAUCGUUUGUGACAGUGUGUCGGAUUAUGGCUACAUUUAUUUUUUAUGUCUUGUAUAGCGUUGUUUGCAAUGGUUAUUCUUGUGUUCCCCAUUAUUAAUCAUCUGCGGAAAGCUUCACCACGAUGAGUCGAUAUAUGUAACGGUAACUGUACAGCUUUUUAGGAGAGUUGUCUACAUCAAUCCAUAUAAGGAUUUGGAGUUACAAUGGCCAAGAAUUUAGUGGAGUUUGAGACUGAGAUGUUUCUCGGUCUUUUCGAGACGGAUGGAUUGCUUGUAACAGCAGAGGGAAUGGGCAUUGACCGUAUACUUAUGCAGUUUUUGCGGGUAUACUCAGAGGAGGGGAGCCUUGUGCUUCUGUUAAAUACUACUACUCCUGAAGAGGAGUACUUCACCGAGCGGUUGCGAGCAGAAGGGCUGAGCCACCUUCCGCGCACCGUGACCAGCGACGUGCAGAGCAGCGAGCGAUACGGCGUGUACACGCAAGGGGGCGUCCUCUUCGUCACUAGCCGCAUCUUGGUGGUGGACUUUCUGACAGAUCGCAUCCCAGCACAUCUUAUCUCAGGGAUCUUGGUGUAUCGGGCCCAUAAAAUCAUCGAGUCCUGUCAGGAAGCCUUCAUCCUGAGGCUUUUCCGGCAAAAGAACAAGACCGGGUUCAUCAAGGCUUUCACAGACAAGGCGACUGCUUUCUCAUCCGGCUUCUGCCAGGUCGAGCGGGUCAUGAGGAACCUUUUUGUCAAGAAGCUUUUUCUCUGGCCCAGGUUCCACGCUGCUGUCAACUCAGUGCUGGACAGACACAAGCCGGAUGUGGUGGAGCUCCACGUGUCCCUCACUCCGGCUAUGAGGGCCAUUCAGAGCUCUGUGCUGGAUGUCAUGAAUGCCUGCCUUAAGGAACUCAAGCGGUACAAUCCCACGCUGGAGGCGGAAGACCUCUCCCUGGAGAACUCGCUGGGCAGCGCCUUCGAGAAAACGAUCCGUCACUACCUGGAUCCACUCUGGCACCAGCUGGGGGCCAAGACCAAGGCCCUGGUUCACGAUCUGAAAGUUCUGCGCACGCUGCUAUUCUACCUGACCCAAUACGACUGUGUUACGUUUCUGAACCUACUCGAGUCCCUGCGCUCCAGUCAGAAAGCCUUCGGAAGCAACUCAGGCUGGUUGUUCUUGGAUUCCAGCACGUCCAUGUUCGUCAACGCCCGCGCCCGUGUGUACCGCGUGCUGGAGGCGCACAAGAAGCUGAAGGGAGGCGGCGACACUCAGAAGAAGCUGGACGGCACAGCCUCAGCUGAGGUGAGGAGGGAGCUUGUCCUGGAGAAGAGCCCCAAGUGGGAGGCUCUGACUCAGGUGAUGGAGGAGAUCGAGAGAGAGAACAGCAGCUGCCAGGAAGACCCAGGCCGGGUGCUGAUCUGCGCCAGCGAUGACCGAACCUGUGCCCAGCUGCGCGAGUACAUCAGCCGAGGUGGCGAGCGCCUGCUCAGCCGACUCUACGCUCGCACCCUGGGCAGGAGCGAGGCUCCCCGCGAGCCGGCCUUCGAGCAGGGGGGCGGAGCUUGGGACGGGAAACAGCCUGGGAAGGGCGGGAAAGGCAGGAAAUCCAAAGGCAAGCAGAAGAGGGACAAGAAGAGCCAGAACAAGGACCGUCUCACACUCACGCAGAUGGUGAGAGAGGGCGGGCUGGAGGUGCAGAAGAUGGGCAGCAGCGAGGAUGAGGUGGAGGAAGAGGAGCUUCUCUUAGACCUACCCGGAGAUGCCUAUUAUGGCAUUCUGAAGGAGCCGCUGACUGUGAUCCACCCACUGAAGGGCUGCAGCGACCCCUACAGCCUGACGCGGAUGCUGCACGAGGUGGAGCCCAAAUACGUGGUGCUGUACGACGCAGAGCUGCCCUUCGUGCGGCAGCUGGAGAUCUAUAAAGCCAGCCGUCCAGGCAGAGCCAUGAGGUGGGUGGACAUCAGUCAGGCUAACAGUUACAGUCAUUUCUGUGUCUUUAUCAUGAUUCAGCAAUUCUCCUUCAGGGUCUAUUUCCUCAUAUACGGUGGCUCCACAGAGGAGCAGCGGUACCUGACUGCCCUGCGCAAAGAGAAGGAGGCCUUCGAACAUCUCAUCAGGGAGAAGGCAAGCAUGGUGGUUCCUGAGGAGCGAGAGGGACGGGGAGACACCAACCUCGACCUGCUCCGCAGCCAGGAGGGAGCCGACGGCAGCUCCAGCACUCGCAAAGCAGGCGGUCAGGACCCGGCGACGCCCCCCUCCCGCGUCAUCGUGGACAUGCGUGAGUUCCGCAGCGAGCUGCCAUCCCUGCUGCACCGGCGGGGCCUGGACAUCGAGCCUGUGACACUGGAAGUGGGUGACUACAUCCUCACGGCGGACAUCUGCGUUGAGCGCAAGAGCGUGAGCGACCUGAUCGGCUCGCUGCAGAGCGGCCGGCUCUACACGCAGUGCCUCUCCAUGACCCGCUUCUACCGGAGGCCAGUCCUCCUCAUCGAGUUCGACCCGGCUAAGCCCUUCUCCCUGGUGGCACGAUCCGACCUGCGGCAGGAGAUCUCGGCCAGCGACGUCACCUCCAAGCUCACCCUGCUCACCUUACACUUCCCCCGGCUGCGCCUGCUCUGGUGUCCCUCCCCCCACGUCACGGCCGAGCUCUUCCAGGAACUGAAGCGCGGCCGGACCGAGCCGGAUGCCGCCGCCGCACAGGCCGUCACCGCCGAAUCCGACAUGGUGGCGGAGUCCGCUGACCUCUACAACCCUGGCCCGUACGACUUCCUGCUGCGUAUGCCCGGCGUCAAUGCCAACAACUUCCGUGCCCUCAUUAACAACGCCGGCAGCCUGGCGGACCUAGCCGCCCUCAGCCAGGACAGGCUGGCGGAAAUCCUGGGCAGCACCAUCACCGCCCGGCUCCUGCACCAGUUCCUCCACGGCUCCAUGCACGACCAGCCGGCCACAAAGGAGACAGAGUCUUGGGACAGGAGGUGACCAGCAUUUGUCGCUUCUAAAUCGGAUGGGACCAAGAACUCCUUACAGAUUCACAACGAGCUGACAUGUUAUGAACUGCCGUCUAAUUUUGGGCUAUCUGUCAGACAGCUAUUUAUUUUGAUACAUUUUUAAUGUAUAUAUGUGGAUGCUGUUUGCCAUUCCUUUUUAAAAUAUUUAAAUACAAAAUCUCAUAAAGCAGUUUUCACUGCC